CGCUGCGCUCAGAGAGAGAAGACCACCCGAACGGAGCCCACCACCACCACCACCAGGACCACCACCACCACCAGUAGCUCCACCACUGCGGGCAGGUCAACAGAACAUAAGGCUGCCAGAACAUAAAUGUUUCCAAUCGUAUGGUUGUAACGACUGGUGGACGCUGAAGGAUUCCGUAGGACUAGGCUACAGUGCAAAAAUGGACAAGGACUUUGGACAAAUUUGGGCUACUUUGAGAGUCUUCAGCUGUGGUCUUCUACUGCUUAGUCUCCAAACAUGCUUUGGUCAGAAGGACUGCACAGGAGUUGACUGUCCAGUUCUGGACAACUGCAUCAAGGAGGUUCUGGAGAAGGGCGCCUGCUGUGCGACUUGUUUGCAGCGUGGCUGUUCUUGUGAAGGAUAUCAGUAUUACGACUGCGUCAGUGCGGGAUUCAAGGAAGGGAAGGUACCUGAAGGACAGUCGUACCUCGUGGACUUUGGCAGCACUGAAUGCUCUUGUCCAGAAGGUGGAGGGAAGAUCGGAUGUGACUUCAUUCUGUGCCCGGAAAUCCCGGCAAACUGCAUCGACUUUUCGGAAUCUAGCGAACGUUGCCCUCAUUGCCUGCGGAUCGGUUGCAUCCACAGGAACCAGCGUUACGAAGCUGGCCAUUCCUUCCACAUGGAUCCCUGUCAGGUGUGCCAUUGCCCAAAUGAUGGCGGUGACCUGAUGUGCUCCCCUAUUCCCAACUGCGACCCUGAAGAGGACAAGAAACCCUUGAAGCCAACAGCAGAAUCGGAAGAGGAAGCACAAAACUGGCACAAUGAAGAGCACAAGAACGAACUUCCUGAUUACGUUCCAUCCAAGGACCUUCACAAAUUCCCCAGCAAUUCGUUACCCCACUACACUGAGAACUCGUCAGAGUUCGACGAGACUGAAGACUACGACUAUUCCCCAGAAACUGCGCCAACUUCAAGUCCAGGAGUUCCUGUAGGUGCCGCGUUGCCAGCGUUCAUUCCCGAAUCUCAACCUUCUUCCAAUUAUGAUGAUGGUCUUCGAACAGACCCAAGAAAAGAGCUUCGAGAAAGGGUGGGUACGUAUGAGGCAACUGAAGCUACCAAAGAAAGCCCAGCUUCUCCUUUGCCAAAAGUUCCCACCACUACAACUCAAGAACUUCGAGAAACCCAGACGUCAACCUCCAAGAGAGGCUUAGUUCCAGAAACUUCUAGUCAACAGACCACACAACGCACUCAAACAGAGCAACAGAAAGUUCCCUCAAGGACUACCACCCAUACUGCCAUGGUGGAAGAAAAUACCCGCAACAGCAUUCAACAUACUCAGCAUCAUACCCACAGGGAGGAGGGCCACGGCAACCACCACCGAGGCAGCGGGAGACACGUGAAACACACUGAUAGUCACCUUGCAAGCUCAGAACACAACGCCAACACCAGCCCUAAAACACAGUCCAUCCCUACCACGUCUCCAGCUACGACUGGGAAGGAACGAGCAACCCAAAGAACUCCUCAGGCAAGGGGCCGGGAGGAGAAGGAUGGGGACAGGAAAGAUCUUUUUGCGGAAUCAGAGGACCAGGGAGUUUCUUCUAGUCAGAUGCUGGAUGUGUGUUGUGGAGCUGGGGAGAAAUGGGCCUCGGAUCACGGCCACUGUUCAAACAUGGACCCUGUGAGGAUGAACCCGGUCUCUGUCUGCUGGUCUGUUCAGAGUCAGUGUUGUCGGGGGUCUCUGAGAGACAGGCAGUGUGGGGCGGGCGUGAGGACAGCGCGAGAGGGCCGGACCUGUGGAGCUGCUGGUGAUGAUGAUGAUGAUGUCUGUGGGUCAGAUGUCUAUAAGGAGUGCUGCAGUUGCUGUGCGCUGGGUUUACGGCUGCUGAGGGACGGGACACCCUGUGAAGCCCCUCGGGGUUUGGGUCAGCCCUGCAGCCACGCCCUCCUCACCUGCUGCCAGGGUUCGGAUACCUCUAACAGGAGCAUGAUCAGAGAGAGAGCCCAGCCCCACCCCACCAGCCCACCGAGGAAAGUUUCAGACAGUCCGGACAGGCAGGCCAUGUCUCUGGACGAGGGGACGGAGGUGGAGAACGCAGUGGACGGGAUCGAGGGGCUGCAGGACGUGGACGAGUGUGAGGUGUAUGAAGGUCAGCUGUGUCAGCAGGAGUGCAUCAAUACACCAGGAUCCUACACCUGCACCUGCUUCCCCGGAUACACACUGCACACAGACGGCAUCCACUGCCUGAAAGUGACUACAGAUGAAGAAAACAGCCUAAAAGAACAUGCUUUGCCCACCGCCCCCCCGAACCCUGAGAGGAUGCCCACGACUCCGCCCCCCGCCCUGCUGGACCCGUGUGAAGGAAACGGCCCGUGUGCACAGAUCUGCUCCCCUGCGGCCGGGCGACCUCUCUGCUCCUGUUUCCCAGGAUUCUCUCUGCUGCCUGAUGGACAUUCAUGUGAAGAUGUGGAUGAGUGUGCUCUGUCGUUACACUCGUGUGAGGAGAGUGAGAGGUGUGUGAACACGGUGGGUCAGUUCUCGUGUGAGAGGCUGAUAGUGUGUCCUGCAGGAUAUCAGCGGAGGGGGGGUGUGUGUGAGGAUAUUAAUGAGUGCACUGUGGGAGCUCAUAACUGUGGGUUGGGCUUCGAGUGCAUCAACAGCGCCGGAUCGUUCAUCUGCAGACCCAGACUCAGGUGUGAUGCAGGAUUCACCUUUUCACGAGGACAGUGUGUGGAUAUUGACGAGUGUCGGACGGUGACCCAGCCGUGCAGUCCGGGCUUUAACUGCGUGAACACCAUCGGCUCGUACACCUGCCAGCGCAAGAUCAUCAUGUGCGGCCGAGGCUACCACGCUAGCCCUGAUGGAAGCAGGUGUAUAGAUGUGGACGAGUGUCAGACAGGCGUCCAUCGCUGUGGAGAAGGACAACUGUGCCACAAUCUGCCCGGGACUUACCGAUGCGACUGCCGCUCUGGUUACCAGUAUGAUACAUUCAGGAAGAUGUGUGUCGACGUGAACGAGUGCUGGCGCUACCCCGGCCGGCUCUGUGCCCAGACGUGCGAGAACACUCCGGGCUCUUAUCACUGCUCCUGCACCUCGGGCUUCACCUUAUCCAGCGAUGGCAAGAACUGUGAAGAUGUGAACGAGUGCCUGAAUAAACCCUGCAGUCAGGAGUGCGCUAACGUCUACGGCUCGUUCCAGUGCUACUGUAAACAGGGGUAUUACCUCAGAGAGGACGGACUCACCUGCGACGAUGUGGACGAGUGUUCUCAGAGUAUCGGUCACCUCUGUGCCUUUAAGUGUGUGAACGUCCCCGGCAGCUACAAGUGUGCCUGUCCUGAACACGGGUACUCCAUGUCCCCUAACGGACGCUCCUGCAGGGAUAUAGACGAGUGUGGGCUCGGAGCUCAUAACUGCACUGCAGAGGAAACCUGCUACAACAUCUACGGAGGAUUCCGCUGCCUGUCCUUCCAGUGCCCAUCCAACUUCCGCAGAGUCUCCGACACACGUUGCGAGCGCAUCAGCUGCUCCAACUUCGGGGAGUGUCAGAACACGCCCGUGAGGAUCACCUACUACCAGCUGAGCUUCCAGACCAACAUCAUCAUCCCCGCCCAGAUCUUCCGCAUAGGCCCCUCCCCCGCCUACACCGGAGACAACAUCAUCCUCAGCAUCACCAGAGGGAACGAGGACGGCUUCUUCAGCACCAGAAAACUCAACGCCUACACCGGCGCCAUCUACCUGCACCACCAGGUACAGCACCCCCGGGACUUCCUCAUCGACGUGGAGAUGAAGCUGUGGAGGCAGGGCACCUUCACCACCUUCAUCGCCAGGAUCUACGUCUUCAUCACGGCCAACGUCCUCUAGCCUCUUCUGAUCUCACAGCCAGCUUAAGCUCUUCAACCACUGCGUAAAACCAGACAACAUGCUCACGUGGGGCUUCACACACAGUGCCUUGCAAAACUAUUCGGCCCCCUUGAACUUUUCAAACUUUUGCCACCUUUUAGGCUUCAAACAUAAAGAAAUUAAAUUGUAAUUUUUUUGUGAAGAAUCAACAACAAUUGAGACAACAAUCGUGAAAUUU